AUGCCCCCCAUAAAGCGUGGGCCUCCCGCAGCCCUUUUUAUCGACUCUACCCAGCACCGGCCUCAUAUAGCCCUCGAGAAUUCUGCCUCCACACUCGACAGCUCUACUUCUGAAGCAGACUACCCUCCGUUCAACCGUCCGUCCAAGCCGAGGUCGCUUCAAAACAUGAAAAAACUCUCACUUAACCUACCAUCGGCUCAGUCUUCAACGACUUCACUUGCAAGUUCCAUUCAACCGGAUCCGCCUGCGUUGGAGCGACCGAGACGACCCUCGGUCAUAUCUCUCCCGCCAACAACUGGAAACCCUAUGGCGACUACCCGAAAAGUGGAGGACGGGUCUCCUACUGUACCUUACCUCGAUGGCCCUAUCCAAGUCAUCCCUGGUGUCUGGCUAGGUUCAGAGGAGAAUGCAAAGGACUGGGCACGACUGCGAGAGCGUGGCAUCAAGUCGAUUCUGAAUGUCGCUAAGGAGGUUGUCUCACCGUUUGAUAACGCUCCGGCGAAUGCUCUCCGAGGGUUUGCCUCGACUCCUAACCUCAAUACGACGAUGGAUGACUCAGAUUCGACGUACUACCCGGCCAACAUUGCAACCGGGAGACCCAGCAUGCACUACUUGAAGCUGCAGUGGUCUCAUGGCCAACAGAAUUUGGUGGAGCAUGGUUUCCCAGAGGCAAUGGCGUUUACCGACGCAGCUCUCGAACGAGGAGACGGCGUGCUGAUCCAUUGCCAGUUAGGCAUUUCAAGAUCUGCUACUUUUAUGAUUGCCCUGAUUAUGCGGGCUGCUGCAGAGCGCUCUCCGUCGGUGCCUUCUGAAAUAUGGGCUCUCAAGGGUAUGCAAGGUGCUUAUACUUUCCUCAAGGAAAAGAGCAAAUGGGUGGGACCGAAUAUGUCCCUUAUUUAUCAACUGUUGGACUAUGAGAAGAAAUUACGAGGCGACGGCGGAGACAUGUCGGGGACAGAGUCUGGCGCCGAAGAUGAAGAAUGGGGUCGCAGGAGACAGAUGCUGGAUGAUGCGACUGACGACGACGAAGAUGAGCAACGGCAAAGCUCGUUGAUUAUGCGAGAGGCCCAAUAUCUGGAUAAGGCCAUGGAAGCUCGUAUCCUUGCACGCAAGAGUUCGACUUCUUCUGUUGCCUCUUCAUCCUCAGGUGGUGUUGGCAUGGGUGCUGCAUGGCGCAACCGAUAUGCAUCUCGAAAGCGUACUGGGUCAAUUGCCAGUAACAUGACAAAUGGCAGCAGUAUCAUCAGCGAAGAUCUGGUGGAAGAAGACGAGGAGCAAGAAUUGCUUGGCAUCGGCGGUGGCUUCAACGACGAUGACCGUGGCUCAAGUGCCGAGCCCGACUCACAAAGCUCGCCAGAAGACGAUGUCCACUCUGCUGUUACUCCCCGUAGACCCGGUGGACUGCCACCCUCUGCUCCCGUGUGGAAAACUUCUUUCAAUCUUCCACCUCCAGCGAGUGCAUUCCGUCCCACGUUCAAUCUUCCUCCCACCACUAAAGGCAAGCGGAGACCAACACCGCUGGUCACGUUGCCUGCUGUACCGCCGUCUCCAAUCAAGAUUGUGGUGGACGACGACCACGAGACUCCCAUCAAACCCCGUCCACUGUUGCAGCCUCUUCCGCCCAUUCGUACUCGCACCGAAUCUAAGAAACCAGCGCCUCCUCCUCUUCAUCUACGAACCUCGUUGAAAACAAAAACUCCAAACCCUCCGUCGGCUUUGGCUACGCCCUCUCAGACGCUCUUUUUAUUCCCUCCAUCCCCAACAACGUUGACGAGUCGAACGCCAUCCGCUAUGACCCUCUCCAACAUGAAUGGUCCCUUGCCGUUCCCGAGCCUUACGACUCCGCGAGUUUCAACCUUCCGAUCCGAAGGCCGUACUCGCUCGUUUAUUGGAGUUGGAGCUCCGCCCACACCCACCACCGCCUUUUCUAAGGUCGAUGCGCGUGGCUACUUUGGGGGCUUGCCGGAGUGA